UAUACGUGCAGAGUACAAACUGUCACUUGAGACUACCGACUAACCAUAAAGUUUAUGUAACCUAUCCCUGACUCAUCUGACCAGCUGACUAAACGUUCUCACGUGGUUUGUAAUGACUUGUUCAACAGGGAAGCUACAGGUCGUCACAAACAAACGUAGACAUGAAGACAUUAUACAGUGUCCUCGGGUUGGAGUGGAUAGACUUUAGCAGCGUUUUGUUAUUCCUGUGUGUUUUUCUGCUCCUGACAGAUUUUUUGAAGAACAGAGUGCCGAGAAAUUUUCCUCCUGGACCCUGGGGUCUUCCUUUCAUCGGUAAUCUUCAUCGCAUCAGACCUGACAGAUUUCACCUGCAAUUCGCAGAGUUUGCAGAGAAAUAUGGAAAGAUUUUCAGCCUUCGACUCUUUGGCGGAAGACUUGUGGUGCUUAAUGGCUACAAACUUUUGAGAGAUGUGCUGGUCCAACAAGGAGAAGACUUCAUAGAUCGUCCCACAUUACCCUCAUUUGAAAACUUACUUGGGAAUAAUGGUCUUCUGAUGUCAAAUGGGUAUCAGUGGAAGCAGCAAAGGAGAUUUACUCUUCACACACUCAGAAACUUUGGUCUGGGCAAGAAGACCCUGGAGUUAUCCAUCCAGCAGGAGUGCCAGUAUCUCACAGAGGCUUUUGCAGAUCACCAAGGAAAGCCUUUUAAUGCCCAGCCACUGUUAAACAACGCUGUGUCAAACAUCAUCUGCUGUUUGGUAUUUGGGAGUCGAUUUGAGUACACUGAUGAGCAGUAUCAGUCUAUUCUUAGUGACUUCAUUGAGAUGGAACGCCUACAGGGAACCAUAGGGACACAGAUGUACAACACAAUGCCCUGGCUGGUGAAGUGGCUGCCUGGACCUCAUCAGAAGAUAUUAACUUUGACGAAACGCGUAACUGAUUUCAUAAAAACGAAAAUCAGAGAACACAUAGAAAAUUUUAACCCAGCAUCACCGAGAGAUUACAUUGAUGCCUUUCUCAUAGAAAUGGGAGAGAAGGAGGGCAGUGAUUCAGUUUUUGAUCACAGCAGUUUAAGUGCAUGCACUAUGGACCUGUUUAUUGCUGGAAGUGAAACUACAACCACUACUUUGAACUGGGGACUGCUUUACAUGAUCUGCUACAGUGACAUACAAGAGAGAGUCCAGGCUGAGAUCGAUGCUGUGAUUGGUUCAUCCAGACAGCCGUCUAUGACUGACAGAGAAAACAUGCCCUAUACUGAUGCGGUCAUCCAUGAGAUCCAGAGAGUGGGCAACAUUAUCCCCUUGAAUCUGGCCCACAGUGCAAUCAAGGACACCACAAUUGAUAAGUACACAAUCCCAAAGGGCACCAUAAUCCUGGCUUCACUUGACUCGGUCCUACAUGAUGAGUCAAUGUGGGAAACUCCGCACUCUUUCAACCCCGAACACUUUCUGGACCAGGAUGGUAAAUUUCGCAAGAGAGAUGCCUUCCUUCCAUUUUCUGCAGGUAAGCGUGUGUGUAUUGGAGAACAGCUGGCCAGGAUGGAGUUGUUCCUGUUCUUUACCUCCCUCCUUCAGAGGUUUUCAUUCUCUGCACCUGCUGGAGAGCAGCCCAGUCUCGAGUUCCAGCUGGGAGCCAUACGCUGUCCCAAACCUUACCGCCUCUGUGCUGUACCACGUUAAACCAUGAAUUAUCACAAACUGAAAAUGUCUGAUUCUCAGCUUGAUACAUCACUCCUUUAUUACAUUUAUCAUCGAAUACAGUUUAGUUUUUGUUCUUGUACUCCAGUAGACCUUUUUGAUAAACCUUUACAAUGUAAAUCUAUUCUACUCUAACAGAAAUUUCUAAAAGUGUUAAACCACCAAAAAACUGAUAUCAGUUCAUCCUUUUUACUCUGACAUUAAGGCAAGUGAAAUAAUGGAGUUGGUCUCUGUUCUGAUUAAGGACUUCAGAGUGUAUUAUACCUGCCUGGUUCAUUGCUUUUACAAGUAAAGUGGAUUCUGUCCCUUUUAAGGACAAUCAAAGUUAUUUGUUAGAAAACUUUCCACUGUAUUUGAAAGCUUACAGAAAGCCUUCUUCUAAAUUGUUACUUUAUCUGAAAUGAAUGGUAAUUCUGAAAAAAAAUACAAUUAAAAAAAUUAUUAAACUUGA